GAUUGCGGCUGCGCGGCCGGCGGCUGACAGGCACUUCCGGCCAGGGCCUCCCUCCUUCUCUCAAGAUUUGGCUGCCGCCUUCCAGCCGGGCGUUCGCGGCCCCGCCGGCCCGACUCCCAAGCCUCAGCUCCCAGGCUAGGCCGUGGCCGCCGGUGGCCUGGGGAGAGUGCGGCGCCAUGCCUCGGGCUUAAUGCGCCCCCCUCUCUUCUCCCAGUCUUCAGUCUUAAGUCGUUAGCCUCCUCCCUCCGCUUUCGGCAGUGGUCUUUCAGCUCUCUUCUUGUGCGCUGUUGUCGACCCUGACCAGCCCCUUCCAACCCAGAUAACCGCCGUCGUCAUGUCCCAGCCGAGAAUACCGGCCUCCGGCGGCGCCCCAGCCAGCCUCCAGGCCCAGAACGGAGCCGCCUUGGCCUCGGGGUCUCCCUACACCAACGGUCCUGUCCAAAAUGCAUUACUGUCUUCACAAGAGUCAGCGAGCCAAGGAUACAAUUUCCAGCUUCCAGGAUCCUACCCGCAUCCAAUACCAGCAAAGACUUUGAAUCCAGUCUCUGGACAGUCUAACUAUGGUGGCUCUCAGGGAUCUGGGCAGACUCUUAAUAGACCACCUGUGGCCUCUAAUCCAGUGACACCUUCGCUUCAUAGUAGUCCUGCUCCCCGAAUGCCAUUUCCUGCUUCUCAGAACCCAUCUACUACACCAAUGCCUUCUAGUUGCUUUCUUCCUGGAGCCAACCUGCCACCACCUUUGAAUUGGCAAUAUAACUAUCCAUCCACAGCCUCACAAACAAACCAUUGUCCUCGUGCAUCAUCCCAACCAACUGUAUCUGGAAAUACAAGUUUAACCACAAAUCAUCAAUAUGUUUCUUCUGGAUAUCCUUCACUUCCAAAUAGCUUCAUAAAGUCAGGUUCUUCUGUACCUCCCUUAGCGAAUCCACCUCUGCCUACAACUUUUCAACCAGGAGUUCCUCAUGGGCCCCCUCCAGCUGGAGGCCCACCCCCAAUAAGGGCCCUCAUGCCCCAGACAUCAUCAUAUAGAGAUGUACCCCAGCCCUCAUUUAAUUCGGCUGUCAACCAAGAAGGUAUUACAUCAAAUACCAAUAACGGAUCUAUGGUGGUCCACAGUAGUUACGAUGAGAUUGAAGGAGGUGGCUUAUUGGCAACACCACAGCUUACUAAUAAGAAUCCCAAAAUGAGCCGAAGUGUUGGAUAUUCAUAUCCCUCCUUACCGCCUGGUUAUCAGAACACAACACCACCUGGUGCAACUGGAGUACCACCCUCUUCCUUGAAUUACCCAAGUGGGCCACAAGCCUUUACUCAGACUCCCUUAGGUGCUAAUCAUUUAACCACAAGCAUGAGUGGAUUAAGUCUACAACCAGAGGGUCUAAGAGUUGUCAAUCUUCUUCAAGAAAGAAACAUGCUUCCAACAACACCUUUGAAGCCUCCAGUUCCAAAUUUGCAUGAAGACAUCCAGAAACUCAACUGUAACCCAGAGUUAUUUCGAUGCACGCUGACUAGCAUUCCUCAGACGCAGGCCUUAUUGAAUAAAGCCAAACUUCCUUUGGGGCUGCUGCUUCAUCCUUUCAAAGACUUAGUGCAAUUACCUGUGGUUACCUCCAGUACAAUUGUGAGAUGCCGUUCAUGCAGGACAUACAUCAAUCCUUUUGUCAGCUUUCUUGAUCAAAGGAGAUGGAAGUGUAACUUAUGUUAUCGAGUCAAUGAUGUUCCUGAAGAAUUCUUGUACAACCCUUUGACCAGAGUUUAUGGAGAACCUCACAGAAGACCAGAAGUUCAAAAUGCUACUAUUGAGUUUAUGGCUCCUUCAGAAUACAUGUUACGACCACCUCAGCCUCCAGUGUAUCUCUUUGUAUUUGAUGUGUCUCACAAUGCAGUCGAAACUGGAUACUUGAAUUCAGUUUGCCAGAGUUUGUUAGACAAUCUGGAUUUGCUUCCUGGCAACACUAGAACAAAAAUUGGCUUCAUAACAUUUGACAGUACAAUCCAUUUCUACAGUCUUCAGGAAGGUCUCUCUCAACCUCAGAUGCUAAUAGUUUCAGAUAUCGAAGAUGUUUUUAUACCUAUGCCAGAGAACUUACUAGUAAACUUAAAUGAAAGUAAAGAGCUCGUGCAAGAUUUACUGAAAACUUUGCCACAAAUGUUUACCAAGACUCUGGAGACCCAGAGUGCCUUGGGUCCUGCACUGCAGGCUGCCUUUAAGCUGAUGUCUCCAACUGGUGGUCGAAUGUCUGUCUUUCAAACACAACUCCCAACUCUUGGAGUGGGAGCCCUGAAACCACGAGAGGAACCAAACCACAGGUCAUCUGCUAAGGAUAUACACCUGACACCAUCCACUGACUUCUAUAAGAAAUUAGCCUUGGACUGUUCUGGUCAGCAAGUAGCUGUUGACUUAUUCCUUCUCAGUGGACAGUAUUCUGAUUUGGCUUCUCUGGGUUGUAUUUCUCGGUAUUCAGCAGGUAGUGUCUAUUACUAUCCCUCUUACCAUCAUCAGCACAACCCAGUCCAAGUACAGAAAUUAUGGAAGGAACUACAGAGAUACCUUACGCGGAAGAUUGGCUUUGAGGCAGUCAUGAGGAUUCGGUGCACCAAAGGUCUUUCCAUUCAUACUUUCCAUGGGAACUUCUUUGUUAGGUCAACCGACUUAUUGUCUUUGCCUAAUGUCAACCCAGACGCUGGGUAUGCAGUACAGAUGUCAGUGGAAGAGAGUCUUACUGACACUCAGUUGGUUUCUUUUCAGUCAGCACUCUUGUAUACAUCCAGCAAAGGCGAAAGAAGAAUUCGUGUUCAUACUUUGUGUUUGCCAGUAGUUUCAACUCUGAAUGAUGUCUUUCUUGGAGCUGAUGUUCAAGCAAUUUCAGGGUUAUUGGCCAAUAUGGCUGUUGACAGAUCUAUGACUGCCAGUCUGAGUGACGCUCGGGAUGCUCUAGUGAAUGCAGUCAUUGACUCCCUUUCAGCUUACCGUUCUUCAGUCUUAAGUAACCAGCAGCCUGGACUCAUGGUUCCUUUUUCUUUGCGGCUUUUCCCACUUUUUGUGUUGGCUCUCCUUAAACAGAAAUCAUUCCAGACUGGGACAAAUGCACGUCUAGAUGAACGCAUUUUUGCUAUGUGUCAAGUGAAAAACCAGCCCUUGCUUUACCUUAUGCUCACAACUCAUCCCAGUUUGUAUAGAGUUGACAGUCUCUCAGAUGAGGGAGCACUCAACAUCAGUGAUAGAACCAUACCUCAGCCCCCCAUUCUUCAGCUUUCAGUGGAGAAGCUGAGCAGAGAUGGAGCUUUCCUCAUGGAUGCAGGCUCUGUACUGAUGCUUUGGGUUGGAAAAAAUUGUACACAGAAUUUUCUCAGCCAAGUUCUAGGAGUUCAAAACUAUGCAUCAAUUCCACAGCCUAUGACAGACCUUCCAGAACUUGAUACACCAGAAUCUGCCAGAAUAAUAGCUUUCAUCUCUUGGCUUAGAGAGCAGAGACCAUUUUUCCCAAUACUUUAUGUAAUAAGGGAUGAGAGUCCAAUGAAAGCAAACUUCCUUCAAAACAUGAUAGAAGACAGAACAGAAUCUGCAUUAUCAUAUUAUGAAUUCCUGUUGCAUAUACAGCAACAAGUGAAUAAAUGAAUGAAUGAAGAAAUUUGACUUAAUUAUUUCUAAGGAAUGUCAUGAUAGUGCAGAAUACCUGGAAAUGUGUAAUACCUUCUUUUUCUAUUAUGUUUGUGGACUAAUGUGAUGAUUGAGAUGUUCUCACUGUGAUUUCAACAACCUAUAGCAAAUAAAAGUCCACAGCAGAGAAUCAAACAUGCAACUCUGAAAUACUGUAUUUUUCAAAUUAGAAUAUAGCUACAUAUGAUUGGAUACUUUUUUCUUGCCAAUUAUGUUUGAGUUGUUAUGGAUUAAAAUAAGACAAGACAAUAUUGCAGAGGCAAAGUACACUUUGUAAAAUAAAGAUUUCUGUGUUCUACA